GAACAGCCCCCCCACCCCCUCCCCUCCUUGGAGGAGGGCGAAAAGUGAGGAAAGAAUCCUGCUCUCUCUCGCCACCCUCAGGUCCGCGAGUUUGUGUUGUGUUGUGUUUGUAUAAGGAUCCGGAUUAAAUGGAGCGGAUGGCUUGGUUCUUUUUCGUUUAAGGCGCCCGGCUGAUGCAACUGGGGAAAACCGAGCUGCAAAAUCACGGACGGCCCAAGUGGGGCAGCGCAAAUUUCAAGGAUCUGGGUGUGUAGGUUUUAGGGACGCAAGAUGGGGUGGCCCUGAAGUUAGGGAGUCGUGUGUUUCUUUCUCACUUUGACAGAGUUUAGAAUGUGAAGAUCUCUGGUUUUAAUUCCAAGGAGCAGAUGCAGUAGAAGAGCACGAUUCGAAUGUUGUCUGGAUUAGUUUUCCUCCAAACGUCCCUCUCACGAAUUUGGCAAACCCAAAGGGAGGAAAACCCAAGCUACAAACGAAUGCAUUCAUAAAUCUUAGGGAAUUAGGAAAUACAGAGCAAAGAGAAUUCAGCAGCCAAUGAGAUUUUCCCUCCACCCCGGAUUCACGCAACAGAAGACUCCGCAGAGUCACGAGUCGGAUGCCAACAAGGUGUUCGGUUGCCAGGCGACGAAGGAACGCCAAGAUCGCGCGCAAGGAGCGAAAAAACCCCUCCAGGUGGAGAUUGCAAUACGGUUAAAGAGAACUUGGUACAAAUUCAUCCAGUCCCUUGGAUCAAUGCAAAGUGAAAGGCAAAUGAUGAGAAUGGAUGCCAAAUAUUUCAAGGAAAACCUCGGAAUGUGUUUGGCUGAAGGACUUGCAGAGGUAGCGGAUUGCCGGCCAACAGACCCCAUCUGUUUCCUGGCCUCCUGGAUUUACAACUAUAAUGAAAAUAGAAAGAAAGAAGAAAAGAAAAAGUCCGAAAAGGACCACCUAGAACUUCAUUAUGAAGAACUUCUGGCAGAAUUGGAGAGUACAGAAAAGCUGAAGGCAGAAGAACUUCUGAUGGCUCAAAAAUUUGAAGAGCAGCAGAAGGAUAAAGAGCAAACAGAAGAUACUCAGAGUUUCCAAGAGCAAACAGAAGAUACUCCUGAAAAAUUAAUGGAAAUAGGUGGAGCAUCACACCAACCUUUGAGAGAAGAGGUGGCUGAUAAGAAGGCAGAUGAAAUGACAACCGAAGAAAAGAUUGAACACAUGCCAGAAGAAUCUGAAAUGCAAGAGAUGUUAGAAAACAGAGUGGAUCAAGAUGACUUAAAUGUUGUGAUAAAUGAGUUGGAUGGAGAACUACGCCAUGUAAGUCCUAGUUUAAAGCUCCGGGAAGCUUUGUUGGAAACUGCUGCAGAUGAAGAUUUAAGUCCCAAAGUCUUGAAUGACAAAGGUGAAGACCAAUUGGAACAAGACAUAGCAACUGAGAAGGAAAAUGAUGUACAAGCUGAAGGUGACACUCAGGCUGAGAAAGACAGAUCUACUCAGGAUGGGAAUUCGGAGUAAUUCCACAAUUCAUGUAUACUUGGAAGAAGAUCCUGCUGUCUUCAAAAAGCUUUGUUUAAGAAAGGAUGAAAAUCUUGUGUGUGUGAUAGUGACACUUUUCCAGCAUAGUUGCACUGGGAUGUUAUAUGGAUAAGACUGAUCAUCAGAUGGUAAGAUGUCUUGGGAAAGUACGUGUACGAUGUGCCUCUUCAAAUCCUGCUGUGUUCUUGAA